CGCCACACCGAGUUUGGAUUUUUUCUUCUUCUUCUUUUUUUUUUUUUUUUUUUCUCUCCACACCCAGCAUGCAAAUGAACACAGGCGUAGCUAUGUCGCUGUGGUGCGAGGAAGCGGAAGAUGCCGAGCGGACGCCUGUGCGCACCGCCGACGGGGGCCAGGCUCAGCUGCGGGCCGCCUGGGACCCGUCGGUGUCCGGGAAUCGGGUGAUCCAGAGGCUGCUUCACAUGGAGGACCGCUACGCUCCCUCGCCACUGUACAUCAGCAUCAUCCAGCAGGAUCCGCAACGCAGGGAGGAGCUGUGCAAGUGGACCCUGGAGGUGUGCUGCGUUUGCGGCUGCGAUGAGGCCGUCUUCCCCUUGUCGGUCUCGCUGAUGGACCGCUUCCUGUCCGCCACGCUGUCCCUGCCCGCGUCUCCGCACUGCCUGGCCGCCGCCUGCGUCCUCAUCGCCUCCAAGCUGACGGAGUGUGACAACAUCCAAUCAGACGCCCUCUGUGCCGCUGCAGACGACAACUUCCUGCCGUCCGACCUGAGGGAAAUGGAGCGCGUUGUGCUCGGCACCCUACGCUGGGACACAGCCGCCGUGACCCCGCAGGACUUCCUCCCGCACUUCCUGGCCUCGGUGCAGGAAUGGAGCGAGGGCGGCGACUCGGAACAGGAGCGGACCACCCUGCGGCGGCACAGCGACACGCUGGCGGCGAUGUGCGUCUGCGAACCCCGCUUCCUGGGGACACCGCCCUCACUCAUGGCCGCCGCGUCGCUCAACUGCGCCCUGCGAGGUCUGAGCGACAGGGGGCGCACUCAGCGGUCCGCGAUGAGUUUAAGGCUGGCCGAGCUGUGCCAGGCCGACCUGGUGGUCCUGCAGUACUACAGCCGCAUGAUCGAGUGUGCCCUCCAUCAGCGGCUGAGCAGCGGCCUGGCAGAGGCUCCCACGGAGAAGGGCGACGAGAUGGAGGACGAAAGGGCCGGCACGCCCACGGACAUGAGAGAGAUCGAUUUCUGAACACAAAAAUCAUUUCACGCUGUCAAAUUGCAAGUGUGGAUCAAUCAAAAGUCUUCAUCUUUUAAACUGAUAUAAAUUAUGACCUCAAAAUAACAUAUUUUUAUACCCUGAAAUGAUUACGUGACUGUACUGUUUAUUUAUUUUUUGCAUUAUUUAUUUGCCAGACUUUUUUAAACUACAUGUGCUCUUCCCUUGUGCCAUAUUUGCUCUAUUUCUAUUAGAUUUAUUCAAGACUUAUCUAUGUUACUUUUUGAAUAUUUAUACGUUUUAUUUAUUAUCAUGUGCAAUUAUUUACUCUUAAUGUUAAUUUAUUUGUUUAUCUGCCAUCCCUUUGAGUUUUUGUGUUUGCUUAAUAAGAUAAUUAUAGUAAAUGAAGAAAUCUAUUUUUGGAAACAAAU